AUGAAUGCUCCACCAACAUUUGAAUCGUUUUUACUCUACGAAGGAGAGAAGAAAAUAAUCAAGGAAUUGGAUACGAAAGUGACAAAUGCCGCCAUAUUCACAGUUAACAAAGAAGAUCAUACAUUGGGCAAUUUGAUUAGAAAGUGAGUAUUGGUUAAUGUCUCUAAAUUUCCGCUAAUAAAUUAUAAUUUACCAUUUGCAUGCAGCCAGUUGUUGAAGGACCCCAAUGUUUUGUUUGCCGGCUAUAAAGUACCCCAUCCUCUGGAACACAAGUUCGUCAUUCGUAUCCAAACCACAGCUGACUAUUCACCUCAUGAAGCCUUUAUGAAUGCUAUUACUGACUUGUUGGCUGAAUUAUCUCUCUUCGAGGAAAGAUUUAAAGAUGCCAUUAAGGAAAAGAAAGAGGGUGGUGAUUAAGGAGAAUCAACA